AUGUACAUCACCCUCUACUACAUAGUCACCCGGCCCCCUGACUCCCUUCACUCGGUGAGGGACCACUUCCUCUCUGUUUGCCCCACCACACUCACCGUUGACCUCCACGAGGAGCGCCUCCUGGCAGCUGAGAAAAGUAUAGUUGCUGUAGGAGCCUCUCGUGGUGACCCUCGUGCCCCCUUCUUUGAGGGGUGCUCCCCCUCCUCCCUGUUGCCCUCUGUUGCCUCUGCUGCUGCCGUUGACCUCGUUGGCUUCGAGUCGGCCAGAGCUGCGUCUGCCCCUAGCGGGAGACACUGCACCGGCAAGGCCAAGGGGGGCAAGGGCGCUGGAGGGGCUGGCGGGGGCGGUGGAGGUGGCGGUGGAGGCAGUGGAGGGGGUGGGGUUGGUGGUGGAAGUGGUGGCGGGGGUGGAGGUGUCGGUGGCAGCAGUGGAGGCGGAGGAGGUGGCGGCGGUGGUGGUGGGAGCCGCAGCGGCGGAGGUGGCGGAGGAGGCGGCGGCAGCGAUGGAGCUGGUCGCGGCUCUGCGCACAGGAGUGGCUCCGGUGCUGUCUAG